GUUGCUACACUAGUGUCAUCUGGAUUGGAUUGUUAUUUUGAGUUUCCCAGAUAGGUUGUUUACACCCCUUGUUAACAUUCCCAUUACGUUAUGGCAUUCUUGGACUCAAUCAUGCUUCUCUUUCAACAGCAUCGCUGGUUAUAUUCAACCGGUAAGCUGGUUCUGGCGAAGUUCUAUGAAGCCACCAAUGCUGAAAAAACAUGUCGCAUUUUCCCACUUUACAUAUUUUGAUCCUUGUGAUAGCCAAUCUACAAAUUCAAUGCUUCGCUUUUGUUUCGCAGAGUCGUGGCUUCUGUGCGACCGGCCCGCCCACUGAAUCCCUGAAGGCAGAGUACAGGAGAUUGAGCGCACUAGGUUCUCAGAGUUACAACCCUGUCGAUUCCGAAAGUCGGGCGGCAGUCACCCCGAUUGAGAUAGAUACGUGGUUCCACAUCGUUACUGGUGAAGCUGGAACUGAAUCGAUCUCAGAUGAGAUGAUUGCUGAUCAGCUUUCCUACCUUCAAAACGCAUACUCGAAUGCCACAAUAUCCUAUCGCUUACAAGGCGUGACCCGCUCGGCAAAUGAUACGUGGGCUCGCAAUGAGGACGAAAUGGUUAUGAAGACUGUCCUUCGCAGAGGGAGUUACCGUACGCUCAACGUUUACUUUCAUACUGAUCUCCAGGCGUCUGCCAGCGCGGGCGCCAGAGCUUCUGACCUCGUCCGCCGCGAACUGGGUUCCUCGCAACAACAACCUACUAGCAUGCUUGGUUUUUGCACGUUGCCUGACCCAAGCAUAAACGCUAGCAGCCCUCGAUUUACUUAUAUCAAGGAUGGCUGUAAUGUACUUGCGGAGACCAUGCCUGGUGGUUCUCUUGCACAUUACAACAGAGGCGGUACGGCAAUUCAUGAAAUAGGUCACUGGAAUGGUCUGCUGCACACCUUCGAAGGAGAGUCAUGCUCACCCGAUAACGAGGGAGAUUUUAUCGCAGACACACCGCAGCAAUCCAAGCCCACAGAAGGGUGUCCUGCCCAGAAAGAUUCAUGCCCGGAGCUCCCAGGGUUUGAUGCUAUCCAUAAUUUUAUGGACUAUUCAUCUGAUGAGUGUUACGAUUCCUUUACUCCAGAUCAGGUCAGCAGGAUGCGAAACAUGUGGUUUGCGAUGAGAGACGGGAAGUGAAACUUGAGAAAUACAUCGUCGUUUCAUGGAGUACACCACCUCUCAGUACUUGGAUGGAACCUGCCAAUUCAUACUUUAUUCCCACUCCUGUGUGUUGUUCGAUAUUGUUUGUCAUGUGAAAUGUGCCGCGUGGUUAUGCAGUCCAAGUGUGGGAAUAGUAUACAUAUACAUUGUAUGCUGCGCUAGAGUCUGAGAUAAAUAAAAGUAAUAAAUAGCGCGCAACUGCAACAGGUUUCUCUUCUGAAUUCGUGUUGACGCAGUGGACUACGCAUCUAGGAGCCAUUCUUAACAGACGUUUUUUGUUCGGCCGAGUAUGCUAUAACAGGCAAGACGCUCAAGCCCUGGAAUUUAUAGCAGGGUAUAAAAGCUGGGAUUGGAUUGAC